AUGUUUGAGACAGAGGCAGAUGAGAAGGAGAUGCCCCUGGUGGAGGGGAAGGGGCCAGGUGCUGAGGAACCCACACCCAGCAAAGAUCCCUCUCCUGGCCAGGAGCUUCCUCCAGGACAAGACCUCCCACCUAGGAAAGACCCCUCUCCCAGCCAGGAGCUUCCUCCAGGACAAGACCUCCCACCUAGAAAAGACCCUUCUCCUAGCCAGGAGCUUCCUCCAGGACAAGACCUCCCACCCAGGAAGGACUCCUUCUCAGACCAAGAAGCUGCUCCUGGCCCAGAGUCACCGUCCAGUGAAGACACAGCGAUCCACCCAAAGUCCCCUCAAAGCCCAGAAAUCUCAACAAGCAAGGACUCCCCACCAGACCAGGGAUCCUCUCCAACCACAGAACUUCCAUCUUGCCAGGGCCUUCCUUCUGGUCAAGAAUCUACUAGCCAGGACCCUUUGUUCAGUCAAGAGGCCCCUGUUAUCCCAGAAUCCUCUGCCUCCGUCCAGAACCAUCUACCAUCUCAGGAGUCAUCUCCCAGCCAGGGCUCCCCACCAGAGAAGGCCCUUGCUGAGCAGACCAUCAGCUCUGGGGAGCUACCAGCAGCCACUGCAGCUGAACCUCCAGCCUCCAGACCUAACUUUGAUCCCGAGGUCCGACUGGAUAGUGCCUACAGCCAGCAGGAUGGGGCCCACGGAGGCAGCUCUGGUGAGGACGAAGAUGCCGGAGGAGAGGAGGGGGAAGAAGGGGAGGAAGAUGAGGAGGACGACACUAGCGACGACAACUUCGGGGAUCGUAGUGAGGCCAAGCGCAGCAGCCUGAUUGAGACUGGCCAAGGCGCUGAGGGCGGCCUCUCGUUGCGUGUACAGAACUCGCUGCGGCGCCGGACGCACAGCGAGGGCAGCCUGCUGCAGGAGGCCCGUGGGCCCUGCUUUGCCUCUGAUACCACCCUACACUGCCCUGAUAGUGAGGGCACCACAUCCACCUGGGCCAUCCCUUCACCCCGCACCCUCAAAAAAGAACUGGGUCGCAAUGGAGGCUCCAUGCAUCACCUUUCCCUGUUCUUCACUGGACACAGGAAGAUGAGUGGAACUGACCUCGCAGAUGAUGAUGAAGCCUCCCGGAAGAGAAAGAGCAAAAACAUAGCCAAGGACAUGAAGAAUAAGCUGGCUAUCUUCAGGCGGCGGAAUGAAUCUCCUGGGGCCCAGCCAGCCAGCAAGACAGACAAGACAACCAAGUCCUUCAAGCCUACCUCGGAGGAAGCCCUCAAGUGGAGUGAGUCCCUGGAAAAGCUGCUGCUUCAUAAAUAUGGCUUAGAAGUGUUCCAGGCCUUUCUUCGCACUGAGUUCAGUGAGGAGAACCUGGAGUUUUGGCUGGCUUGUGAGGAUUUCAAGAAGGUCAAAUCACAGUCCAAGAUGGCAGCCAAAGCCAAGAAGAUCUUUGCUGAAUUCAUUGCGAUCCAGGCUUGCAAGGAGGUAAACCUGGACUCGUACACACGAGAACACACCAAGGAGAACCUGCAGAGCAUCACCCGAGGCUGCUUUGACCUGGCACAAAAACGUAUCUUUGGGCUCAUGGAGAAGGACUCUUACCCUCGCUUCCUUCGCUCUGACCUCUACCUGGACCUCAUUAACCAGAAGAAGAUGAGUCCCCCCGCUCUAGGGACCACCCAGUAUCCAGCUCAGCGUUCACACCAAGCGGAGCGGGCUCCCUGCCCACCCGCCUCCCUUCCCUGUGACAGAGGGGGCAAGUAA